AAUGCCAUUGGGAACAGUUUUUAAAAAUGUUUUUGAUAUGUUCAGAGAACGAAGUGAUGUUAGAUUCCCGAAACAUUCCGGGUCUAAUUCAUCAAUUUUCGAUGAGCUUAAGUCGAGUCCCGCUAAUCCUGUUGGUAAUCCAGCUAACGAAUUGUUCUGCAAAGACUUAACAAAGGCUGGAGCUUUGUUGGAAAAAUCAGCACAAGAAGUUGUAAGUGGAUGUGAUAUAACGUUUUCUUGCGUUUCUGAUCCGGAUGCCUUAAAAGAGCUUGUUUUCGGCAAAAAUGGAGUUCUGAAAGGAAUCAGCAACGGAAAAGGCUUUGUGGAUAUGUCAACUGUUGAUGUCACAACUACAAGACAUAUUUAUGAUGCGGUCACGUCGGCAGGCGGUAAUUUUCUUCACGCUCCCGUCUGCGGAAAUAAGCAAUUGGCAUCCGAAGGCCAGCUCGUCAUCCUGGCGUCCGGCGAUAGGUCGCUCUAUGACGAUUGUUUCACUUGUUUUGAGGCUAUGAGCAAGAAAUGGUUCUUUUUAGGCGAAAUCGGAAAUGGAACAAAAAUGGCGUUGAUUAUGUCGAUUAUUCAGGCGAAUAUGCUUGGAGCACUGGCUGAAAGUUUGGUAUUAGCUGACAAGUCAGGAUUAGAUCAGGACCACGUGAUUCAAGUUCUUCGACACACUACUGCUAACUGUGAACUUUUAUCAUCGAAAGGAAACGGUAAAAGAAACAAUCAGUCUUAUUGAUUAAGCAAUUUCUCUAAUCUUAAAGAAGAAUUAAUCAUUCUUUAUUAUUUGUUUUCUCUCAGAUAUGCUUCUCAGUCAUUUUGAACCAACUUUCCAUUUGAAACAUUUGCAAAAGGAUGUGCAGUUAGUUAUGGAUAUGGCAAACUCGAUUGAUCAACCUAUGCACGUGACUAGUGCAGUUAAUGAAUUCUUGAAAGUCGCGAAGGCAAAAGGUUAUUCGGAUAGGGACGUUGCUUCGAUUUGCCGAGCAGCUGAUGUUUAAUGCCAUCUGGCGGUGGGACGGCAAACUUGCAUUGUAGGCCUACUGAAUGAAAAAUGUAUAUUAUUUACUAGUGUUUUCUCUUUUUUGUUUUGUGUCCUUUGGUUAUAUUUCCUCGUUUUAUAUUUUAAUUAAUUCUAUAUUUUUUAAAACUAUCUACUAAUUGAUUUUUUAAGGAAUAUUCACCUUUUUAGAAUAACAAUAAAAAAAAACUUAGAAUUUGAUGAUGAUUGCGAAAGGGAGCAAGAUUCGUGAUGGGAAAAUCGAAAUUAGUUCGGAAAAUUUUCCUCUCUUUUUUUUUCUUCUUCUAAG